GUAUCCAAGAAGCCCCUCGCCCUCGCUCGCAGCUCGCACUCGCAGUCGGUUGUCUCUCGUUUAUUGUACGCCGUAGUGUCAGAGUCGAAUGUAUGCUCGUACGAGCAGGUUGCAUCGCGUUAUUCUCUCUCCUCUUACCGGUACAUUUUACGUUUUCCCGUAUCCUGCCACCACAUAUCGACGCCAUUGUUAUCGACGACACUCGUCGACGUCAACGAGCACGUCCACCAGGACGAGGACGAGAACAAGAACGAGGACCUCCCAAUAAAUUACUAUUUUAAAAACCCAGUACAUCAAUAGUACCUACCAAUUUUUACCUCGUGUCAACUUCGUCGCGAGCCGGCACCCGAGACUUUGCUCCACGAGCUUCUUUUUAUUAUUUUUUUGCUCAUCAUCCCCGUGAGUGCUCUUUGCAAUCGUGAAAGUGACUUGUUUUAACAUUUGAAAAAAAUUUUUUUUUUUGGCGCGAAUUUUUGAAAUUUUUAAAUUACGAUAUUUGAAUUUUUUACGUGAGUGUUUCGUACUGUUGUUUUUUUUAGUUUUUACUGUUAAAAGAAAUAUUUUGACACUUAUUAUUGUUAAUAUUAUUAUAAAUAAUUACGUUAAUGAGCAAUUAAGUGUUUAUCAGUGAAGUGUUAUGUGCAUUAUGUGAUUCGUGACAACGUUUGUUCGUCUGUAAGAGUAUCUUAUUAUUUUCCCGUAAAACUCUCGGAUACUACGUGAGGAUGCAGGAACGAGUGUAUUGGAUAGUAGGGAAGACCCUGCUGCUUUUGCUGCUGCUGCCCAUGUUACCCCUCGCUAACGGAUCUUGCCAAUUUCCGGAAACAUGGGAAGGACAAUGGUUUCAGUCAGGAAAACCGUCGCCUGUCACUAUAAAUGCCACUAUGUUUGGCGAGAAGACCUGCAUUGAGAACAGUGGAGAUAUGUACUCUGUUUAUGAUUAUUUCCAGCAGGAGAACUGCUACAAAUGUUUGAUAAUAAACGAUCGUCAUAAGAACGUCAUUCAAUUCCGCGAAGUGGGAACAUGUUCGACAGAGAGAAAAAACUUUAAAGAUCUCUGCGAGUCACUGAGGACAGAUGACAGCUUGUUCACGAUGUUUCGAUUAAAUCCAGAGCCGAUUCAGUGUCCAUUUAAUGGGGCCCCGUAUACAUUUACGUAUAAUCGUGGUGAGAAAGAAUGCAAAUCACCAGUCAGUUAUGCCGAAAGUUGCACAGAUCCAAGUAAAUUGCUACUUAAAUAUCAAGCGUGUCCUGAUAUUGAAGAUUCCGAAAGUACAACCGAGGAACUGCAGUGUCUUGCAACAUGGAAGGAUGGUAGGAACAAAUAUUUGGUCGGUACUCUCAAGCUGUUUGGAAGGAAUGCCGCAACUAAUGAGGAAACAUUCAGAUGUUUCCUGUAUGAAAAGUCAGCUCAUCAUCAAGGCGAAAAAGUGACGUUUGAAUUAGCGCAAUCCGGUGAUUCAACUUGCUCGGCAUUGACUGAUGUCUCACAAGGAUCCAGAACUAUUAAAUUAACUAAAGUUGAUAGAGAGCACAGUAAAUGUAAGUACCCACAAUGGGUGACUAAGCACCAUGGCUGGCAUUCGCUAGACGGAACCAGGACUUACCACUUCACUACCGGGAAUGCAACGCUCAAGGUACAGAACAAGGAAGACAAGUACGAGGAGAGAAUCGUCUGUCAUAAUCUCGAGAAUAUUGAUAGUCCUCCGGACAAGAAAGUGAAGCUCGUUGCUCAUAUAACGAGUGGCUGCGAUAUUGGCUACGUCUGCAUGAUUUUUCACAGAAGAAAUAGUGGCGUGAUCGAGCUACAGCAAUCAGAUGUCAAAACAAUUAUACCUGAAGAAGCAUGCCAGCAGCAGGAAGAUCUAUCAGCCAUGCCGUAUAUAACUUUAAUAACGUCAACGUUGGAGAAACGCAAGUGCCCUCAACCGGGACGUUACCACGUCGUAAAUUACGUAUCGUCUCACGUAUUGUCAACGACGCCGCGUCGUCAGCGUAAAGAUACAAGCAUCCAGAUACGUGAUAUCCCUUCAUCAUCUUCUUCUUCAUUAUCCUCUUCAUCGUCAUCAUCAUCGUCGUCCUCUUCAUCCUCAUCAAUAUCCCAGCGGGCUGCUGAAAAAAUGACCUGGCAUGAUAAAAAUGAAGACGAGCAAUGCAGCGUUUCCGACAUUCAAAUCGGGUGCAGUACAUCUGAUCAAAGUGAAAUGAUUAUCACAAAUACCUGCGAGGAUAAACACGAAGCAUACACGUGCCAUGACAGCUGGGAAGAAAAAGGAGUCUGGUAUACAAUAGUAUCGCAAAAAACAACCAGCAGCAGCGGAAUCAGCAUAAACGGGAACAGUGGGAGCAACAUCGGAAGCGAAUCCGCGGUGACAAACACCCAGACAUUCUGUUUCUGGAUGCAGUGGGUUGAUCCGACGCCUAAAUUGUCUGGUAGAGGAUCAAGAGUCGAACAAGAACAAGAAUUAUGGCUGACUUGGCCGCUGCGCGAGUUCCAGAGCGGCUCUCCCGAUCAAUGGACCUACAAACUUGCCAACCAAGGGGUUUGUGAAGACAUAACUCGCGCGAGUGCCACCUCAGCGUCAUCAUUUUCGCGGGUGUCUCUGGUCCUGUCAGCGGGCGCUGCAAUAGUCUGCCAGCUCUUGUCGAGAUGAUGUGUCAUCUUCGACGCUAACCUGGUACUUGAGGCCUAGAUGUAACAAACAAACGAAAACGACAUAUAUACACUUAAAUGUAUCACUAAUUUAUCAAUCAAUAACAUAAUCGGGAUCUAAAACUAAUUUAUAAUCCAAUCAACACACAGUUAAAUUAUAAAUACGCAUUACUCGCGUGUGACACUAGUUGAGAGCAAGCACUGUCGCCAAGUGAAGUGUUUGGGGUAUAAUGGGUUAGAUUGGGUGGGGUUGGAUUAGUUAUUAGUCUGACGAUGUAGACUAAAUGAAUGACGAGUGACGAUCAAGUGAAUUAAGAGGACUAGAAUUCAGGAUGUAUACAAUGUAGAAUAGGGCAACAAUAACAAGAACAAGAACAACUGUCCCACAUAGUGCUGCUCUAACUGUCAAAGCUGUGUGUUCCUAGGAUAAUCGAGACGGACGUCUCAAUUGCUGCCCGGACAUUAAACUAACCAGUAUAUCUAUAUAAAUAUAUAUAUAUAUAUGCUGUACAGUUGUGCUAGUAGUGUACAAUACUGGAGAUACUGACGUCGAUCGAGCCGCAAUUACUAAUGUCAUUGUAGAAGACAUAUACAUGCUAUCACAUCUGAGUCUAUUAGUAACACACGACUAACACCUACGACAUUCUAUUCUAUUUGAAUAAUUUGUUACCAAUCGUGUACUUAAAACCUAUUGGCAUUCGAGAUUUUCAUUACUAAUUACAGGAAUUAUUUAUUGGGAAAACUGAUUCGAGGAUAAGAAUGAUUGUUUACAAACAAAGUAAUUAUUUCUUCUAUUUACCUAGGGAUUUGAAAAUAAUUUGUUGAAUAAUGUAUCUUAGGUUAGAAACAAAGUUUUCUAAUAAGAAAAAUUAAUAAACAAUUCAAUGAUUACGUAAACUGGCUUAGAAGAUGAUUGAGUCUUAGAAGAAUGUGUUGAGACGAAUUAUUUAGUUUGUUUUAGUAAUUAAAGUUUGAUUGUAUGACCAAAACAAAGUAAUUUUUUAAAAUUUUAACUUCGGCUAUCAUCGGAAGUGAUCGGUUUUUUAGAUGAAAGAAUUUGACUGUUAGGUUUUAAAAAUUAAUUAAUAACUCAGAUGUGACGGAUUGUUUAUGUACAAUACAAAAAAAAAAGUAUAAAGAGAACAAAAAAAAAAAAUAAUAAUUUUAUUGGUGCAGCUAAUAAACAAGAGUGUAAAUACGAUCAGGGUAUAAGUGAUCGGCGUUCAAGAUUCGACAAUUUUAAAACAAAGCUAAUUAAUGAGUAAUAUCAAGAGUUAAACUCAUGAUUUAACCUGAGGCGAACCUGAACGUCGUUACCGAUCGAAAUAUACGACGAAAAUAUUAUAAUAAAAGAUAUAAAAAAUAUAAAAUAUUAUUAUUUAAGACUUAGUUGUAAGUAAAAAUUUUUAUUCACUAGCUAGUUGCACACCUCUGUAUAUACUGAUUUAAUAUUAAUAAUAAUAUUGAUGUAAAUGUAUAAAGACUGUUUUUAAGGGAAUUAUUGAGAGAAGUUUACUUGCCCGAACAAUGCGAUGUUUGGCUGCUAAAUAUUGACAUAUUAAAUAAAUAUAACUAAAGAAAAGAUAAUUUAUAACUAUAAUAACUGAAUCAUCUAUAAAUAAUAAUAAAUAAAAUUUUUAAAAUAAAACAAGAAAAAAUAUAAAAUGCUAGAUUAUAAGAACGAACAAAGAGAAGGUUUUGAACAAUCGAGUGAAUUUAUUAUUUAUAAAAAUUAAUAUUAUUUUUUAAUUUGUAAGGGCAGGCCAAUGAUGAAGAAAUUAUUAUAUUAUAUUAUAUUAUUAUAAAUUAAAUAUUCAAUUUAAUAAUAAUAACAAUAUAUUUAAUAAUGAAGAUUGUACUUAUCAGAAUUGUCGUUUUAUCACAGAGUCAGACGAUUUUAUUCAUUAAUUCUUUAUUAAUUACUAAUAUUAAUGAAUAUUGUUAUUUAAUAGUUUGUUUAAUCAAAACAUAUUUUUAGCUAAACAAAAAAAAAUUUCAACUUUUCAUUGUUUGUAAACAAUAAUUUUUUAUAUUUAUAUUUUUUUUACGUCUCCAUUCUUUUAUAAUAUAAUUAUUUAUUUUGUAAGCUCGUUACUGCCUCAAUUAACCCGGAUUUUAUUUAAAAAAUUAUUUUUACUCUGAUUAGAUUUUUAAUAAAUAAUUAAUACCAGGAUUAAUUUACAAUUGCGGUGGCAAUUAUCUUGGCCUAUCGGUACCGAUAAUAGAUAGAAAAAAUACAAAACAAAAUUAAACAAUUUUUUUAAAAAAAGAUAAGAGUUUUUUUUACAUAUAUACUAAUAUAUAUGUAGAAACUCUGUGGUAUCCGACACGUGCAGGCACAAAUGAAGAGCCAAAUAAUAAUAAUAAUUAUAAUAAUAAUAAUAAUAAUUAAAAAAAAAAAGGAGCAAAAAUAAAUAACCGGUAACUUUAACUAUUUAAAUAACUUUUUUUUUUUAUUACUGUACAUACUCUAGGUAUUUUUUAUCGAAAUAACUUGUUAUCCGGUACUUGUACAAGUAAUUUUAUAUAUACAUAUAUAUGUAUGUAUAUAAUAUACUUUACCCACAUUAAUCAAUAAACUAAUUAACUUAUUAAUUAAAGUUAAUGAGGAGCUUGAGAUAAAAACGAUAUUUAUAGAAAAUUAUAUAUAUUUUUUAUUACUGUGUUUUAUAGAUUUUUUUUUUUUAAUUUUUGUGAGAAAAUCAUUAAAUUAUUACAGAAAAUUGAAUUAUGUUUAUUGUUUUCAUGAAAACUGGAUUUGAUUAAUGAAAAUCAAAAUGGCGGCUUCUUUUUCAAACAAUAGUCGAUCACGCAUAAUUUUUUCAUGGAUUGUUUUGUCAUCGAGGUUAUUUUCAUAUAUUUUCAUUUACAUAAACGAAAUUAGAAAUAAAAUAAUAUUUUUGAGGAAAUAUAAUACAUCUUAUUAGAUUUUUUGGAAAUUUUCCCGCUAAUAAUUGUAGUAAAAUUGUAAUUAUUUAAAAGUGUGACUAGCAGACAUCAGACAAAUUUAAAAUUAUUAAGAAAUAGAGAAAAUAGUUGACAGAAUAAAAUUUUAAAUAAGUGCACAUUUUAAAAAUUUUCAAAUUAAUAAGUGCAUUUUUUUUAAAUUUUCAUUUAUUAAUUAUUUACUCUGUUAAUAUAAAAUUUGUCUGAUGUCUGCUACAUUCACCCUCAUUUUCUUUCUUUUCAAUGCGAAAAAUUUUGAGGUUAAUCGAAUUUACUAAAACAAUGAUUCUAUUCUAUUGAAAAAUGAAUUUUUAAAUUUAUGACACUAGUUUUUUUAAUAAAGACAAACUAGAAUUCAGAUUUAGAUACAGAAUUACAGAAUUUAAAAAAAAAAAUAAAACUUAUAUAUGACCGAUACUAUUUUAAUAAAAAAAAAUCUGAUUGAAAUUCGAUUUAGCUUAAAUAUAUAUCAAAAAUUUGCGAUUUAGCUCAAUAGGAUUAAAUCAGAAGUUUCUGAUCAAAUCCCAUCAACUUUGAAUCAGAUUUCCUAACCUAUAAAAUAUAUUUAUACGAAAAAGUGAUUUUUCAAACUGUAUAAGAAGAAAAGUAUGGAAAUUGAACAAUUUUUCAUUUAAAAAUUUUAAAAUAUCGUUUUGAUCUUAAAUUCCUCACGUUUAUUUAAACAAAAAAAAAAAAAGAUUCUUAUGCUAAACAAUGAGUUUUGCAAACUUCAAUAAUUGUUGGAACAAUUGUUUAAACAAAGCGAGUAGCUAAUGUAAUUUGUUAUAUAACUUUUUAUCAUAUCAUAAAGCCCAAUUGCAAACUAAUAAUUAUAAGAGUAUGAAAAUUAGAAAAAGAAAAUAAAGGAGUAUUAAAUAUAAAAUAUAUGAAAAGUAUGUAAAUAAAAAUGAACCGAGUACCGGUAGACAAGUUAGCUUUACCUGAUGUAAUUUUAAACUGCUACCACGAAUAAAAAUUGUUUAGAUAAAUAGUGGAGGCAUAAAAUUAAUUCAAAAUUAAUAUCUAAUAUAUAUAAGAUCUAAAUAUGCCCAUGGUUUUUUAAUUAUAUGAAACUUGUAAAAAAAUUAUAACCUUAAGUAAACUUUCUGAGUCGAUUCACUCGUAAUCGAUUUUCCAUUCGACCGCCACCUUGUUUCUAAAACAAUAUAAUUUUUUUGUUUCAAUACAAAGUAAUCUGCGUGCUCGCCACAAAAAGACACUUUUAACGAAUAAAAAUUAAUUAAUUUAUUAAUUAAUAAUAAUAAUAAUAAGAUUAAUAAUUAAGAAAAAAAAUGGAGAGAUAAAGUGAUCAAUUAAUUAUAUUUAAAAUAUGAUCGUCUGUACAAGAAGAUUUUAAAGGAAUAUAAAAUACAUAUAUAUUCAAAUCAUUUAUAUAUAUAUGAGUAUGCAAAAAAAAUUGACUUUUUUUUUAAAUUAAGAAAUUCGUAAAAAAAAUUCUAAAAAUUAAGCUUCUGUGAUUUUUUUUACAAGAUGUCAAUUUUAAAAUUUCCAUCUUGACAUCAAAAAAUUACCCAUUGCGCAAAAAAAAAUUAAGAGCUCAAAAUUUUCAAAUUUUCUUUUUUACCGAAUUUCUUAAUGAUUCUAGUUAGUCGACAUCUAAUAAUUUUUUGAAUGUUUUUAAAACGAUGAAUUAAAAAAAAAAUUAUAUUUAAAAAAAUGCACUUAUAGUUUAUAAAAUUUUCUAUACGUGCAUUUUUAAAAAAUUUUUUUUUUGAAAUUGAUUCGUUGAAAAACAAAGUUUCAAAAUUAUUAAUUGUCCGUUAACUUCAGGAUAAUUUCUUAAUUUAAAUAAAAAAAUUCAAUUUUUUUCGACACUCAUAUACAUAAAUAUAUAAAUAUAUAUAUUUUUCGUUUAUCACUGUGAUGAUUAUAAUUAUUAUAAAAAACUAAUAUAAUAGAUAAGGCAGUGUGUUGUUUUUUCUUGCCACCUGUAUAGUAAUUAUAAAAAUAAAUUAAAAUUAAACUUGAGUAAAAAAAAAAAAAGAAAAAAAAAUAAAUAAAUAACGAAAUAUUGAUAUAAAAUAAAUAAAUCGUAAGGGUGUUCGGGGCUUAUUGAGUAAUAAAAUAAAUUGUAAAGUGGGCUUGUGCUUGCCUACAAUUAUUUUCAUUUAAUUAUAACAAUUAUUAAUUAUGUAACUAAAUAAUAUGUAUUAUAUUAAAUAUAAAUUAAUAAUAAUAAUAUUAAUGAUAAUUAUAAUUAUAAUAAUUAAUAAAUUGUAUGCGUAACAAGUGGAGGAUGCAGUUGAUGUAAAGCUAAAAUCUUGUAAUACGCAGAUGCACUAACAAAAAAUAAAAUUUUACAAUAAAAAAAAAUUUAAAUAAC